AUGAGAAGGCCCAACUCAGAGUACUUUAAAGUGGCGGUUGAGAGGAAACCCACAAGGAAGAGGCCAAGAAGACGUCCAAAGAAGUGGUGGAUAGAUGAAAUAAAGCAGGGCUUAGAGAAAUUAGGGAUACUGGAUUGGGAAAAAAAAGUACAUAAUAGAGAAGAGUGGAAGGAGGUUUCGGUGGCGGCAAAAAUUCUUGACGAGUUGUGA